AGGUAAGCGUACCCCUCCAUCUGUCUUUUUCCACCAUGUUCAUUUUCACUCGCACCCUGUACGCGACUCCUGCAAUACAAGUUUUCUUGGUUGUGUUGUCCUGGAGUCAAGUGCUGCCACCUAAGUUGUUGGCCUCGAUGACGUUUGGCCGGGAGCGGAUGGCGUGCUCUCGCUAGCUGCACGUGAUUGAGCGAUGCCACUGCGCGCAUACGACGGCCACCUACCUGCUUGAGGAGGUCUAUAUGCAUGCUGUAUCGAUUGAUUUCCGUUGGUCUAUUCUGCUUACUGAUAAAAUAUGUAGCGGUGACCGUACCUUGAGGGUGUCACUUUUGCCCGCAGUAUCACGCUCACUAACAGUCGCUAAGGCUUAACUUUUACCUCGCCCACAAUGCCUAGCAUGAGCAGCCACCUCUCGCAUAUUUACGAACCCGAUAGUGCAAUGCAACUGGGAUUGGAUGAUCUUCACAGGUUGUCCACAGUCACGCAAGGCUACAACAUUGGCACCUAUCGCCCGCCAUACGCCCACAGCAAUGCGACAUCCACCUCAUCAGCCGCAUCCCCCGAUCCUACCAAUGCCGCUCUACUCUCCGGCCCUGUGGUUGUCGAAGCCGAAGAAGACAAAAGGAAACGCAACCAAGCGGCUUCUGCACGCUUCCGCCAAAAGAAGAAGCAGCGUGAGCAACACCUCAUGGAGAAGAGCCAGGAGAUGCAGGAGCGGGCAAAGCAGCUGGAGGCGGAAAAUGAUGGGCUGAAGAAGGAAAAUCUAUUUUUGAAGAAGCUGUUGGUGGAGAAAGUGGAUCACAUGAGUGAUGAGGAUCGUGAGUUAUUGAGGAAGGCUGCCGCGGGGGUGCUGGAUAAGGUCAUUGGGAAGGGGAAUUGAACAGGCAAUUUUUCUGCACUCCCGCUCGAACCAGCAUUUUGGCCUUCGAUCUGAUUGCAGCUAUGGGGGCGUGUUGGUGACACAGGGCAGCACUGAUGCCUUACACAGGAUGGGCUGGCGUUCACGGGUUCCGGUGUCGACACAUUCUAUUCGUGAUAAUUUCAUACUCCUCUGCGUAAC